AUGACCAAAUUCCGACCGUGCAUUGACCUACACUCAGGGCAGGUCAAGCAGAUUGUGGGUGGCACUCUCAGCAGUGUCGCCGCAGACCUGAAGACCAACUACGUCUCCAAGUUCCCCGCCAGCCACUACGCCGGACUCUAUCAAAAGAACGACCUACGAGGUGGGCACGUUGUGAAACUUGGACCGGGAAAUGAAGAAGCAGCCCAAGAGGCACUGCAAACAUGGCCCGGUGGUUUGCAAGUGGCUGGAGGAAUCACUGAUAAGAAUGCGCAAUAUUGGAUCGACCAGGGCGCCGAGAAGGUGAUCAUCACUUCAUUCCUUUUCCCGUCGGGCAGAUUUUCCCUCGAACGACUCAAAUCGAUACUCGAAGCUUUGGGCGGUGAUAAGUCUAAGCUGGUCUUGGAUCUGAGCUGUCGCAGGAAAGAUAAUACCUGGUUUGUGGCGAUGGACCGCUGGCAGACCAUUACAGAGAUGGAGAUCAACCAAGAAUCCAUCCGCCUUUUGGAACCCUACUGUUCCGAAUUCUUGAUCCACGCUGCGGAUGUGGAGGGCCUUCAGCAGGGCGUUGACGAGGAGUUGGUGUCGAGACUGGCCGAGUGGUGCACCAUCCCCGUUACCUAUGCUGGCGGUGCUCGCCAUCUACAAGAUCUGGAGAAGGUGCACACUAGCAGUAAGGGAAAAGUCGACCUGACCAUUGGUAGUGCACUGGAUAUCUUUGGUGGCUCCGGAGUGACGUUUGACGAGUGCAUUGAGUGGAACAAGACUCAUUAACAAUGGGACUGGACUAGACACUUCCCCGCCAAAAUAUCGCAACGAUUACAACGAUCAAUUAAAUAGACAAUAUCACUCAAAUAUAGAAAC